CAUGCUGGCGGCGGCGGCGGCGGCGGCGGCUUCUUGGGCCGGCCUGGCUCUCCUCUGGGCGGCGGGCGGCUGCGCUGGGGACGCGGGGGGCUACCGGAGGAGGGUCUCUCUGGAGUACAACCCAGGCUGGGCGAGCCCAGGUGUAAACCUUCUGCACACCCGAGCAGUGGGCGUCAACGACACGCUUCACUACGUCUGGAGUACCAUCGGGGUCCCCACGGUGUUGUUGGUGUACACCGCGAGCGACAACAGUUCCCUUCAAGUCAACUGGACCCGGCUCCUGUCCUCUUCCCCGGCUGGAGCCAUCCGGAUCGAACCAGCCGGCAGCGUCUUAUAUUCCACCGCUGUGGUCUUUCCAAGGCUCUGGGAAUACAACGGAAGCAACUUGUUGGACCCGGUCCAGGCGGGACAGGUCUACCCCAGCUACAACCUGGGCAACUUCACCUGGGCCAGCCUGGAGGGGCAGCUGAAUGAAACGGCCCUCAGCGCCAACUUCCAGGGCUCCAGCCGCGAAGGCACCUUCGCCAACGGGAGCAUCUCUUUCAAGGUGACGGCGUACGAGGAGGGCAGCCGCGACAGGCCUCUCCCACGCCUUCUGCACAGCGCCAACAGCUCCAAGGUGGAGUUCACCAUGGAGGGCGUAGUGCCCCGGGGGAACCACUCCCGCUUUGCCCUGGAGAUCCUGGCGGUCGAGGAGGGGAGCCGGAGGAAGCAGCUGCAGUCGGCCCGCUCCAUCGAUGACGAAUAUACCCCAACCAUUUUUGAGAUGGCCCAGCUGACCUCCGAGCCCCACAACCACAGCUUGGGGUCCAGCUUCCUGCAGUGGAAGACGGCCGCCUACAACUCUAAAACGCCCCGUCGGGAAAACACCGUCCACUGUCAGUAUUACCCCCUCCAGGCGAUGCGCACCCUCGGCCCCGAGUUCAGGAUUCUCCAGGCUUACUUCGGGGAGGACGUCGAGCAACGCUGCAGCCUGUCUGCCCUCAAUAUCUCUUUUGGCAGUGAAGACAACGAAGCCUACAGCGAGAAGAGAUACUUGAGCUGGUCUGCCUUGGUGGGCUUUGGGGAGCCCCCAUGUGAGGGCUUCUCUGUGCUGGUCAUCGGGAUCCUGGCCGUGGCGCUGGGCACCCCGGCGGUGCUUCUCAUCGUGGGCAGCCUGGCGGUGCUCACGAAGCAGCAGAAACAGUGUUCGGAGUACGAGCCCAUCAACUGACAGGCAGCCCGAAGUGGCCCCCUUCUCCGGGGACCGAAUUUUAUGGACAGACCAACCGAGCUUCCUGGGCCGUUUUUGCAAAGGUGCCAGUCUCAGCUGCCCCCGUCGGGUCGGGUUUAUUUAUUGUUUUCCCCUAAAGGGGGCAGAAUUCAUCUCAAAAAAAAUCAGAAUAAUCAGGAUUUCUGGAGAGGGACGUGUUCUCCGGGCCUUCUCCUUGCAUUGAUAAGGAUUUUGUGGAUUUCUGGGGUGACAACAACACAGGGCCCUGCUGUUGGGUCGAGCAGGAAUGGGACAUGACUUAACACAGAGGCCUCCAAACUUGGAACUUUAAGACUUGUGGACUUCAACUCCCAGAAUU